AUGAAUACAUAUAAUAUAUUAGUUAUAUUUGCUGUUUUAUAUGUACAAAUACAAUAUGAUAUGGGGCGAGUUAAAACUGCAAUCAUAGGCCAUAGGGGUUCUGGAACAAGUACUACUGGAGGGACUUCUAUUUAUCCAGAAAAUUCUCUUUAUUCUUUUAAAUAUGCUAGGGAUAGUGGAAUACAAGGUAUUGAAUUAGAUGCAUGGCUUACAAAAGAUAACAAAGUAAUUAUUAUUCAUGGAACAGAUGAUAAUGGUAUAUAUAAUACACUAUCAUGUACUGAUGGGAAUGAAAAUAAACAUAUAGAAGAUAUGACUGCAGAAGAAAUACAAUCAUAUCAUUUUAAAGAACCAUGGUUAAUAGAAAAUGAAAAUUUAUUUGAUUCAAAAUCUGAAAAUAAUAUUAAAGAUCGAAUAAGAUUUUUUAAUUUAGGAGAAAGUAUUAAAACACAAAAAAGAAAAGAAUAUCUUGAAUCUCGUCGUGUUUAUUUAAAUAUGCAAGAAAAUGAACAAAUCGAACAUUUAUUUAAAGAACAUAUAUUAAAAAAAAACAUAAAUAUGAAAGAUGAUGAAAAUAGCUUGGCUAGUAUAUUUCAGGAUACUAAAAGCACACAUUAUAAUUCAGAAAAAAUUAAUGACAAUAUGACUGAAGAAGAAUUUAUUGAAAAUAUAGCUUGCAUUCAUUGCAAAAAUUUAUAUAUUCAUUAUAUUCAAAAAACAAAUUAUGAUUUAAAAACAAAAAUUUUAUUUUUUAAAUUUUUAUCAAAAUUCUAUUAUGCACCUUUAUUGAUUGAUGUCUUAAAUUUAUAUAAAAAAGAUUUAUCUUAUGAUAUCGAAUUAAAAGGAACAAAUGAAAAAUUAGGUGAAUAUGUUUUAGAUAUAUUAGAAAAUUAUAAAGAUUAUAAAAUAAAAAUUAGUUCAUUUAAUUGGUUAUUACAAGGAAACGAACCCGAAUUUAAUAAUACAUAUAACGAUUUUAGAGAUUAUCCAAAAUAUAAUAGAAAUAAAAUAGAUCAAAUAAAAGCAGUAUCAAAUAAUCGUUUAAAUAUACCAAUUGCUUUAUUAUUUUCAGAUGAUGAACCAUUACCAAAUGUUAGUGAUAUUAUGCAAACUUUGAAUUAUUAUAAUGCUGAAUGGGCCCAUUUUUCAUUUAAAUUAAGAAAACAACCACUUUUUAUAAAUUGUGACAAUUCUAAAGUUGAUAUAAUUACAGAAGAAUUCAUAAAAUUGUUACAUAAAAAUGGAAAAAAAGUUAUGAUAUAUUGGGGAACUGAAGAUCAAGAUGAAUAUAGCGAUAUGCUAUAUUACAUUAAUAUGAAAGUUGAUUCUAUUUGUCCUAACAGAAUUGAUAUUGCAAAAACUGCAUUACAAAAUUCAUAG